UCUCUUCUACUGACCACUCUUCGCUUGCCCCUACCGAGGAGGGCACAAGUGUAAAUCUGUAUUCUGGCUCUUCAGUGAGUAAACCGGAGUUGAUCUCUGCCCGAGGAACAACUCCACUCAUUCAUUCUGGCUCUUCAGCAAUUUUUGGCACAGUGAACAUUAUUUCUGUUACUGAUCAUGUCUCAUCAUUUACUGAGAGUGGAAGUAGUAAAAUGACCAUUAAAUCUCAUGAAUCAAUAGUGUCUCCAUCUUCUUCUAUUGGAGGAGGCGAUAUAAUACAUUCUGUCACAGUUGGUCAAGAAGGAGCAGAGCACCGAAAGACAGCCUCUCAAUCAUCAAUGCCAUCCCUGGUCUCUUUUCACACAAUGGAAACUACCAAUAUGCUUGCACCAACAGGAAGAGUAAAGGGAACACCUACAAUUGAAACAUCCUCCACUACUACAAGCAAAGAAAAUAUGGUGUAUACAACUAAUGUAUACACCAAAUCAGAAACAGCCACGUCUUCUAUAAAGAGCACAGUGCCAUCCAAUUUUUCUACAAUCAGCUCUACGAAGGCUAUGAGCACUUCAGAAGCCACCACGUUAGAAACCAAAACACCACAGAGUACAGCAUACUCCACACCUUUGCCAGAGACGACCAGGUUUGAAUCCGUCACAUCAGAAACGACUACUAAACAUUCUAUUACCACACAAUUCUUAGCUACUUCUCCCGAGGCCACCACACCUGAAUCCAUCAUAUCAGAAGCAGCCAGCUCUCCAAUGAGUCAGUGCCUUCUACGACAUCAGCAAAGAGCACAGUAACUUCUUCUAUUUCCGAAACCACGACACCAAUUCCAGAGAGCGCAGUGUCCUCCACAUCUUUUUCACAGACUAGCAUGCCGCCAUCCAGUUCGCCAAUGACCACUGCUUCUG